AUGGCGUACUCCCAACAAUCCCAGAGCCGUUACGGCCAGUGCGACUCAUACUUUGUAGAGUCACAUGAUGACGGCAUCUACGCUAUGCGAGCCGAAGCUAGAGAACGCCACCGAGCAGUAUCAAAGAUGCAGCAACGGGCCAUCGCUGACGAGCUUUCGAAACUAACGGCUGAUGAAUACCAAGAAGACAUAAUGCAGCACAUGAUGCACAUGGAGUCACAAACCUUGCCCGAUGUCAACUCCAUUGACAUUCAGACCGAAAUCCAGUGGUUCAUGCGCCCCUACCUCCUUGACUUCUUGGUUGAAGCUCACGCCGCCUUCCAGCUGUUGCCCGAGACUCUCUUCCUCGCUGUCAACCUGCUCGACCGCUACUGCUCGCGUCGUGUCGUCUACAAGCGUCACUACCAACUUGUUGGCUGCGCUGCUCUUCUCAUUGCCGCCAAGUACGGCGACAAGAAAGACCGCGUCCCUACCGUGCGGGAGCUGAAGUCGAUGUGCUGCUCUCUCUACGACGAUGAGAUGUUCACCCAGAUGGAGUGGCAUGUUCUGCAAACUCUCAACUGGGUCAUCGGUCAUACUACUGUUGAUGCAUUUCUCCAGAUUGCUUUGUUAGAGGCCCCGUACGAUGCUGAAGUUGAACACAUGACGCUUUACAUUGCUGAAAUUGCUCUCUUCCAUAAGGAAUUUGUCUCGACGCGACCAUCGGUUCUCGCCCGCUCUGCUCUUGCCCUCGCGAGGUGUGUCUUGUCUCGACCCCAAGCACGAAACAGUGAAUGGGCUGGUGCCUACGAUCCCCAGACGGUCAUUGGCCUUUCCAACCAUCUCUACCAGCCGUCUCCCGUACUUGCCCGCAAGUACGCCUCGAUCCACCUGUCAGCCGUUUCCGCUACCGUCGAAGAGUUCCUACAGCGACAAGCACAGAUUGCGCGACGAGGGACCGGCCCGCCGACACCCCCACCGACUGUCACCAUCGAUGAGCCAAAGCCUGCGUCAGGCGCCUAUGUGCCCCAGACCCCUAACAAGAACCCUUAUGGAUCUGUCAUGCACAACGGAUGUCUUACCCCGCCAAUCACCCCCGAGUCUGAGCAAUUCACCUACGGUCAUGUUGUAAAGUCGCAGCCUGCUUCUCUAUACCCCACGACGCCCACGCCAGAACAUGCAUCGAACGGACAACACAAUGGGCAAUACUACCAGAGCCAAUAUCUCCACCCCCAGCACAUGUAA